UGGGAGAUGUCGAUGCGACCGACGAGGACGGACAGACCGCCCUGGCCAUGGCGGCGAAAGACGGCCACGUGGGAGUCGCGCGGCUGCUUUUAGCGGCGGGGGCAAGUCCCGAUGUCAAGGACACCUUUGGGCAGACUCCGCUGGUAAAAGCGGCGCAGGCUGGUUGGAAGGAAGUUGUGCAGCUUUUGCUUGCCACGGACGGUGUGGACCGUAACUCCCAGGAUGCGGAGGGUCGGACUCCGCUAUCAUGGGCGGCGGAGAAUGGAUUUGUGGACGUCGUCAAGGUGUUGCUCGCGGCGGAUGGCGAUCCCACUCUUCCCGAUAACGACGGGAAAACGCCCCUUUCUUGGGCGGAGGAUUUCGGUAACGAGAUCUUGGCGGACUUGCUGCGAGGUCGGGAAAAAUAAGCAAUUUGAUGAAGCACUUAGGGGUAAGUUGAUAUGGAACGAG